ACAGAAAGUCAUAACAAACCCGUUCGCUUCGCAUACUAGAACAGAAAACGUCAAUGUUAAUUGCAUUGCUUUGAUCUUUUGUCGAAGUUUCCAGUACACCGGUUUUCUGCCAGCCAAUCCAAAGCUGUGUAUUAGUCAUAAAAAAUCUCAAAUGCUUUGGUGAUAUUCUUCAAAAUAUCUAGUACGCUCCACUAUGCUGCAUACAAAGUAUUUCACCGCCUUGUUACUGGCGAUCGGUUUGUUACGGUUUGGCUCAGCGAUAGAACCACUGACUAUGAUUGGUAUUGGUGCUGCUGCCGGAGCAGGUUGGUUUAAGUUCGAUUCUCUUAAGAAACAUACAUACUGCCGAUUUAACGAAUGUUGCAUGGCACCAUACCUGAAAAAUGAUAUAGACGGUUUGAGUAGGAAGCUUAAGCAAAACUUAUUUGGUCAGCACAUUGUGCAGAAUACACUGAUCAAUGCAUUGAGAGGUCAUUUGGCUAAUAUAGAAUCAUCAAGAAAACCUUUAGUUAUGUGCUUCGAUGGAACUACUGGCACAGGAAAGAAUUAUGUAGCUGACUUCAUUAUAUCUUCUCUUUAUGAAAAAGGAAUGGCUAGUAAUUACGUUUAUAAGUACUCUUCUGAUUUUUGGAUUAUCAACUCUCCUCACGAAGUAACAAGUAAACUAAUUACCACUGUUAAGAAAGCCAUAAAUGCAUGCCCAUAUUCGUUGUUUGUAUUUGACGAAACGCAAAAAAUGCCUAAAAGAGCACUUGACUCCUUAGUUUCACUACUGGAUCACCAUUCAUCUUCGUCGGAGUUUGAUUACACGAAAUCAAUUUUCAUUUUCCUAUCAAAUAGCGCAGGCGUACAAAUCGCUCAGCGCCUAAAAUCACUUAUCGAUUCUGGCCGCUUCCGAGACGACACCACGCUAGUGGAUUUUGAACGUAUUACUGAAGUGGCCGUUUAUAAUAUGCUCGGUGCGCUAGAGCAUAGUGAUCUUAUUUCGUCGCACGUUAUUGAUCAUUACAUUCCUUUCCUUCCGCUAGAAGAGCGUCAUGCAAAGCAGUGCAUCCAGAAGGAAUUUGAAAUGUACUGUCCGGGACGGAUGACCAAAGAGAACAUAAAUCAGGUUUCGAGGUUGGCUAUCACUUUGGAUGAUUCCGGGAUGUUUCAGAACAACGGCUGUAAACGUAUUAGUAAAAAGGUUGAGGCAAUGUGCUACAGUUAGUUAAGGACAAAAUUAUGCUACGGCAAUGCUUUAGGAUAUUUUCUGUUACGAACAAAAAAGGCAGCUUGUUGCUUGACUGCAUAAUAUAUUGCUACAAAGUUCCCUUAGUUUUUUUCUAUCAAAUGUAAUGUUGAAAUAAAAAGCAACAUCAAUUGGAAAAACAGUUUGCUGGCAUUCUUUUGAACGAUGUGUAUUAUAAUGCAGCUUGAAAAAAUCUUGUUCCAAUACUAUCAUAAAUGCAUUUUUCCAGAUUUUGCUACUUAGUCUCCUCUAUCUUAACACCGACCAUUUAUAUUUUUUCCGAGGUUUGUCUACCGGGG